GCGAACUAGUUCCAUUACACGCAGGAUUUUAUGAAAGGAAAGGAAAUAGAAGCAGUCGCUUCCUUAUGACUACUUAGAAACCUUUCCAGAGUUGAUGUCGCAAUCAAUGAGUUAGGUUUCCACUUGAUUCACUGAAAUCGUCGACGCUAUACGCGUUUUAUCUGCGAAAAUGUGGCUGUGAAACUCAUGGAAUAUAAAGUGCGAAGUUUCCUAGAGUAUGAGUUUACAGAAACAUCGAAGCAAAGGCCGUGGAGGCAGUGGCAGGGGUCAAAAGAGUUACAGACCAGGUUCCAGUGCAAGUCCUCCGCCUCCGACGCUUAACUUUGCCAAUUCUGACAAUGGGCAUACCACAGACAUCUUUGCAAACAAGUUCAUGGUUUACUAUGUUAUCAGCAACUUGGGUGAGACAGCUCGUGUUCAGGUUCAGAAUGGUGAUAUUUAUGAAGGAGUCCUCAAAGCCGUUUCCUCUAAGUUCGACUGUUCCUUAGGCGAAGCUCAUCUUGUGCAGCAAAAGAAAAGCAAUGGACUUGUUAUUGAGGAUGAACGAAUUUUACCCAGCCGUGAUGGUCUUAUCAGCACUCUCAUGAUUGCUCUGAAAGAUAUUGUGAGUGUUAAUAUAACCAAAACAGAGGAACUAGAGAUUGUCACCUCAGUUGAUUCUUUUACAGAUGCAGCCAUUGCUAAUGUUGCUCAGAAGCAAACAAAUGGUCAAAUUAAUGAGCGGAAGCUGGAGAGAUGGGUUCCAGAUGGUCCUGACAUUGGAGGAGGCUUGGAAGAUAAUGUGAAAGUGAAUGGCUGGUCAGCAGAUGAGAUGUUCAAAACCAAUGAGGAAAAGUUUGGUGUUAAAUCAACAUACAAUGAAGAUUUGUUGGAGUACACAACACCACUUCCAAAGGAUAGCACUGGUGAAAUGGAGCUCAAAGCGGAACAAGCUGCUCGGGAAAUUGAGCAGUCCAGAGGGCACUUGCACCGGCAAGAAGUUGAUAGUGGUAAAACUGAAGAGGAAAUGUAUGCAGCUGUUGUGAGACCUCAAACCACAAGUGCAGAUCCAAGAACCCCUCAGGUGUCUCCUGGACAGUCUUCUGUAGAAGGAAAGCCACAAAGAGAAGCUGCUCCUGAAACAACUCAAUCAUCAGAUGAGAGAAAAGCUACAGACACCGACACACCAGCAGUACAGGAAAAUGCCAAACCUGCAAGUGCUGUUACUGUGAACAGUGAAAACACUGUGACACACUCCUCUGGUGGUCAAAGCUUAAAGGAAUUGUCCAUCGUAGGACAAACAGCUUCUACAGACACUCAGGCCUCUGGUUCCAAAGCAAACCAUUCUGAAGUUGUGAAAGAUCUGAAAGAGUUUCAUUCCAACUUCAAUCUAAAAGAAAAGUCUUCCAAGAAGGCAAAAGAUAUGCAGCAAACAGUUCCUCAAGAGGCAGAUCAGGCUGAGGCUACAGUGACUAAGACCACUACAUCCUCUGUCAAUGAAUCAGGGACGCCAUCUUCUCCAGAUGUGGCCAAAUCAGAAGAGAAAAAAGAUGGAGAAGCAAGCAUUCUUUCUACUUCAAAGCUAAAUCCAUAUGCUAAAGAAUUCAAAUUCACUCCCAAGGCUCAAAAGUCAACUCCACCUCCACAACAAUACAUAUCAGUGGGCCCACCACCUUUCUCACCAACUUCCAUCAGAGCUCCAGUGGCAGGAGCUCCUUUCCCUCCCCACCCCCAACCAAUGAUGGUGGUACCUCAACUCUACAGAAGCAAACAGCCAUUCAAUAAACCUCCACGAAGCCAGUCAUAUGGAGGUGGCCGUGACCAAGGGGAAUCACCACCUACCUUCUUAUCGGCAGCUGCUGCAACUGGCAGCCCAAUUAUCACACCAGGAGGUGGAUUUCCUCAGCAAAUGUACGGUCCAAUUCCACCACAUCAGCCUGUCACUUACGUCCAGCCACAUGCAGGAAUGGUGCCACAGCCAAUGUUACCACAGUUUGUUGUUCCUCCAGGACACGGUCCAGCACGAUUUAUUGCUCCUGUGUCAUCACCAGCAGGGGCAGGUACUGUUCCAAUGACACAGACAUACCAGGAUGGCACACCUGUCCCAGUUUAUGUUGCUGGUGCACCCAUGCAAAGUGCAGGCACCCCUCAAGGUCAGCCGCAGCCCAGCCCUUCACAGUCAGGUCAGUUUGUCUUCAGCUCCCCGAUGCCAGGACAGCCUCAGGUUGGCGCACCCCCUCAGGGACAAGUUACACCUGGCCCUGCCCCGUAUGUUUACAUUCCUUCAGUGGCACCUAAUGCUGUGCCCACUUCUACUCCGUCGUCAGUAUCCUACAUGCCUGCAGGCCCUUUCCAUAAUGACAGGAUACAGUGACGAGAAAUAAAAACGAAAAGAAGAAAAAAAAUUGAAGCUCCUUUUGACUGCAGAGUCUAGCAGUCUAUACUUUCUCUGUGUUAUUGAAAUAAAGUCCCAGCAACAGGAAGGAGGGAUCCACAGAUGCCCCUGUCUGUUGUAUUUAAAACAAAUUUGUUGCAAAAGCAAAUAAAGUAUUUGUUGGAAUAAA